UGUAAUAAUAGCAGUGUGAUUUGAGAGCGUGUGACAUAAAACAGCAAGACAGUGCUGAUAGUCAGUACCACUAAGCUUUGUCCCUGGCACUAAGGAAAGACUCUCCACCUAGAGCUCUACGCUACAGCAGCACCACCGAGAUUAGAACUGAUCACAAAUGAUCACAUUGAAUUGAAUUUCAGCAGUCACUGAAUUAUGAGUUUGCAUCACUCGCUGGCUGGAUUAAUUCGAAUUUAAUAGUAAUUUGUUUUCCCUUCCUUUUGCAUUGUCUUCAGGUCUAAGGUUGUGUUGUGGUCAUGGGGUCUAGAAUUUCAUUUUUAUCUAGGCUGAUGAGGGGUCUCCCUGUACUGUAAAAGCGGAUGCCAGGUGGAUCUAUGUUAAAAGACAAAAGAAAAAAAAAAAGCGAAGGGAAAUCAGUGGAAGUUUAAGAUCGAGGAGAAUGCAGGUUAAGUGUUGGUGCGCUGUCCUCCUCGUAACCGCUACAUCCGUGGUUACUUGUGCUAAUGCUACCAUUGCAAGGAAAUCAGAACUUCUCAAAUCAGGAAGCCCCAAAUCUACCUUAAAAAACAUAUGGACAGAAAGCAGUAAAGACUUGUCUAUCAGCCGACUGCUAUCACAGACUUUACAUGGCAAAGAAAAUGCCACUGCUUUGGACCUGCGAUAUGAUACCCCAGAACCAUAUUCUGAGCAGGACCUUUGGGACUGGCUGAGAAACUCCACAGAUCUCCAGGAACCUCGGCCAAGAGCCAAAAGAAGGCCAAUUGUCAAAACAGGGAAGUUUAAGAAAAUGUUUGGUUGGGGGGAUUUUCACUCCAAUAUUAAAACUGUCAAGCUCAACCUGCUGAUAACUGGGAAGAUUGUGGACCAUGGGAAUGGAACUUUCAGUGUCUACUUCCGUCACAACUCUACCGGCCAGGGGAAUGUAUCUGUGAGCCUGGUUCCCCCAACCAAGAUUGUAGAGUUCGAUUUGGCACAACAGAGUGUGAUUGAUGCCAAAGAUUCCAAGUCUUUCAAUUGUCGCAUUGAGUAUGAAAAGAUUGACAAGGCAACCAAGAACACACUCUGCAACUACGACCCCUCUAAAACGUGUUACCAGGAGCAGACACAAAGCCACGUGUCAUGGCUCUGCUCCAAGCCGUUUAAAGUGAUCUGUAUUUACAUCUCUUUUUACAGCACUGACUACAAACUAGUGCAAAAAGUGUGUCCAGAUUACAACUACCACAGUGACACUCCCUACUUCCCAUCUGGUUGAGGCUGGUUCAGUUUGGAGUUUGAGGAAAAAUAGGUCUUUAGCAAGGCUUUGGUCUCAGAGAAAUGGUCUAUUUGCACUGUCCUGAAUGCGUGCACUUUAAAAUGGCAAUGCAGUUUGAAGAAAAGUUGUGCCAAAUAUUAUUAUUAUUAUUAUUAUUAUUAUUAUUAUUAUUAUAAUAUUAUAAAACAACUCUCUUUUACACAAUGGUCCUGGCAAGAUAUCUAAACAAAGAGUAGCAGCAAGGUACAUUUUUUUAUUUUCAAACAUUACAUUCAAUAAUACAUUGACAAGACACCAUUUUUAAAGGAAGCAUUGUUUGGGUGUAAAUAUAUUGUCAAUUUCCAUUCUCAUUUGUGCCCAUUUUGAGUUUACCUAUCAACAACACAACCACAAUUCAAUCCCUUUACCAUCUGCCUCUUGGACAUCCCACUCAGAGGUAAUUCUGCCCCUCUGAGAUGACCAUGUGACUCCAUUUCCUAAAGAAAAUAAUUCUCAUUCUACCAUGCUGUUAAACAAUUCCAGGGAUUUUAGUAAAUAUUCAUCUCUUCCACUAGGUGCGGUAUAUAUAACCCUUCUUCAUACUAGGCUCAUCAUUUGGUUGAGGCAGUCUUAGUCUAUUUUGGAUUUUGGUUAUCUGUGUUGCUGAUCCUGUUGUUACAGAUCCAUUCAGAUAAAAGCAAGUGCUCAUUGCUGCUAACAAAGACUUGCUGUAUUAUCCCUAUUCCUUGAACUGAUAAAACAUGAAUUAGACGGUUUGCAUUCCAAAGAUAAGUAGACGCAUUCAAGGCAAUGUAAGUGCUGUCCUUUCUUCAAAGGGAAAGGCUAUUGGUGAGCAAGCGUUUUUUAAUGGACAUGUUUUAUUGAGGCAUUUUGUUUAAACAAGAAAUACUCUCUGGCUAUGUAAAUUGGCCACCAGAGGUAGAUGAUGACAUUUUAAUUAAAUGUAACUUACUGACAUGUACGCUGUAGAAGGUUUGCUCACCUUUAUUGUAUUAAUGUAAUGAAUUAUAUAUCCUAGGCUUAAUUUGUAUGAAUGGUUUGUAUUGUAUAUAGUUUACCCUGUUAACUGAGCUGCUUCUGUAUAUUCUCUUGUAUCUGUCAUUCUCUCUACCCCCUCUGACUUCCCCUUCCUCCUGUUUCUCUGCUUCUUACUGGUUAACACAAAGGAUAUGAUUGGUUCAUUUUAUCAAUGUAGAUGUGAACGCUAUGAAACAGAAUUAUGUACAAAACAAUUAAUAUGUCAAAAAUAUAAAUAUAAAACUUACAAGUCGUCUGUAUUAAGGGAUUUUAUUUCUGGGAAAAACAGAGGUUAUGUACAUAGAAAUAAAAUG